CCGAUGGAUGAGGAGGAAUUGUUUGAUGAGGAGCCACCUUACACGUGUGACCCCCACCACAAUUGCAUUGACAAAUUCAUUGUUUGCCAAGAGGAGCUGAUGGGCCUUUUUGCCAUCUGUCCGGCCUGUUGUGAGAGGUCGGAUAGUAGCAUCGUGCAGCAGGAAGGAACUUUUGUUAAGAUCAAGCAGGUCUGUGCAUCAUGUGGCUACCACCGUUUCUGGCAAAACCAGCCAAUGCUCCACAGGAACAUGCCAACCUGCAACCUCCUGUUAAGUGGGGCCAUUCAUUUUACUGGAUGUUUGGCCACACAGACACUAAGAAUGUUGACCCUGUUUGGCCUGCAGUGCAUCAGUGCAGCAGUUUCUUUCGCCAUCAGCGCCGCUACACCAUCCCUGUCAGAUUCUCCUGGGCACUGCGCAAAGUAUGGGUCAUACUCGCUGAUAGAGGACAGAGUGAACAAGGUGGUGGAUGUUCAGCUUGUUCAGAGCUCAGAGGUCCCCAACAGCUCAUGGUGUGAGCUUGAAGGGCUCAAGCGCAGUGUUGGCCUGCUGAGGGGAAACGACCUGCAUUUGGCAACGCUGAUCACGGACCGACAUCGCCAGGUUGCCAAAUGGGUGAGAGAGGAGCUGAUCCCUGAAGGGACACAGCAUUAUUUUGACGUGUGGCACAUUGCCAAAAUUGUGCCCAUGGCCCUCUAG